GUCCUAUUUUUCCAAAUUUCCCUAUUUUCUCCCGUCAAUUCUUGGUUCGACCUUUGCGCCAUCAGCCAAUCGGUAGGCCAACGAACUUCGACCCCGCUAGCAGCAAGGCAAUAAAGAUCACAACGAGAAUUCGUUCACCGAUUCGAAAGUGAAAACUCGCUGGAAUUGUCGAAUUUCAAUUCCCCAAACGCUUCCCGAAGCCUAAGCAUCGAACGAAGCACCGGACUUUCCACUCAUCCAAGUGGCAAACUUCGCGUGGCCAGAUGUGCGAACAUCGCCGCUCAUCGAAACCGAAGCUCCUCUUCAAAACCCUAAAAUGCGGAUACAAGUGACGGAGAUCGCGGUCUCAAACCCUAGCGCAAGAAGAUGGCAAAACAGCCGCCGGGGUGGCUCGCGCUUCAGAAGCGGUGGGUUUUGCCCCUUCUGGUCGGGCUAUCGGUCUCUACUGCCCUCGCUUUCAUCCUCCGAGCCGCUUUCGACUCUACCUGCGAUCGCCAAACCCUUGAAGUUCCGGAGAAGCGGUUUCACUCGGCUAUCCAGACGGCGACGACCCCGAGUCCGCUCAGUUUCAUGAAGUCUAAGCUCGUUCUGCUCGUCUCUCACGAGCUUUCGCUUUCUGGUGGUCCACUGUUGCUGAUGGAACUAGCAUUUUUGUUAAGAGGUGUUGGUGCUGAAGUCUGUUGGAUUACCAACCAGAAACCAUCAGAAAUGGAUGAGAUCAUAUACAGUUUGGAGCAUAAGAUGUUGGACAGUGGAAUACAGACCUUCUCUGCAAAAGGCCAAGAAGCCGUAGCUACAGCUCUAAAAGCUGAUUUGGUUGUUCUAAACACCGCUGUUGCUGGCAAGUGGUUGAAUGCUGUUCUCAAGGAAAAUGUUCCCCGUGUUCUUCCAAAGGUGCUAUGGUGGAUUCAUGAAAUGCGAGGUCAUUACUUCAAAAUGGAGUAUGUUAAGCACCUACCCUCGGUUGCUGGCGCUAUGAUUGAUUCACACGUGACUGCAGAAUACUGGAAGAACAGAACUCUAGAGCGCUUAAAAAACUGUUUAUGGCUUCUAUCACUCUGCAGGAUUACAAUGCCUGAGACCUAUGUUGUUCACCUUGGCAAUAGCAAGGAACUUAUGGAAGUUGCUGAAGAUAGCAUUGCAAAAUGGGUUUUACGCCAGCAUGUCCGGGAGUCUCUUGGAGUGAGAAAUGAAGAUAUUCUCUUUGCUAUCAUAAACAGUGUCUCUCGUGGAAAAGGCCAAGAUUUAUUUCUACGCGCCUUUUAUGAUAGCUUGCAGUUAAUCCAAGCAAAGAAGUUACAGGUGCCAUCUUUGCAUGCAGUAAUUGUAGGAAGUGACAUGACUGCUCAGACAAAGUUUGAGUUAGAACUUAGAAAUUUUGUAGCAUUGAAGAAAAUCCAGCAUCAUGUCCAUUUUGUUAAUAAAACUUUGACAGUAGCGCCUUAUCUGGCUGCUAUUGAUGUUCUUGUUCAGAAUUCCCAGGGCAGGGGAGAGUGCUUUGGGAGGAUUACCAUUGAAGCCAUGGCAUUUCAGCUUCCUAUAUUGGGAACAUCAGCGGGAGGCACUGCAGAAAUUGUGGUUAAUGGAUCGACUGGUUUGUUGCAUCCCGUUGGGAAAGAGGGAGUCACUCCUCUUGCACAAAACAUCGUCAAACUGGCCACUCAUGUUGAAAGGAGGCUUACAAUGGGAAAGAGAGGCUAUGAGAGGGUGAAGCAAAUGUUUUUGGAACGGCACAUGGCACACAGAAUUGCUGCAGUCCUGAAGGAAGUUCUGCAGAAGGCAAAGAGCCACAAACAAUCUUAACCUCCGUCUGUUGGAGAAUCUCCAUCUUCAUCUGGGCUCUGUUUAUAAGCUUGUCAAAAUCUAGUUAACUGUAGUAUAUAUAGGCUGGUCAGUUUUCUGAAAGAAAGAUUAUGUAUGGUUUUACCUGAAUUUGUUGGCUCCUGUGAAUACUUGGCCCCUGACCUCACCUCCUUUUCUAUUUCAUUGAAAGAGUUGGGAUUCAAAUAUAUGUGAAUAUGAUACUCUGGUUCUGUUGA